AUGCCCUCCAAACUACAAUGGAUUGAUAGCUGGAAGCGCGUGGUGAAUACAAAUCAAUUUCAGUACAUCCUUUGCGUAAAUGGAAUUCAACAAGCAGCUGUUUGCCAAAAAGGUUUUGUAUUCUAUGAGAAUCAACCAAUUCUUGAGAUGUGAGUUUUUACUUUUUUUUUAUUCUAAAUAUUUCUCGAAAUUUAUGGGAUUUUCGUGACCCUUAAUUCAUCAAUUUUUAAAAAUCUAAAAUUUUAUAUGAGAAUUAUUUGAAACAGUGAUUUUUCGGGGAAUAUUAUAAUUUUCUAAUUUUUUUUUGAAUAAUUUUUUAAAUGGUUUUUUAAAUUUUGCUAAUAAUAAUAAAUUUGAAAGACAUAUAGCAUAGAAAACUCCAACUGAAUUCUGCAAUUAAUUUUUUCCAGCGACUUUCAACAUUGCUCUUCAAAGUGGCAUAAAUGGAUGCGUUCAAAUGUGGUCGUAGAUUUGGAUUCCACUCAAAUAUCAAAAAUGUUUUCCCGAAAUCUGCAACUCAACUCGAAGUCGAAGAAUCUGGUUACAUUCGCACAAAGGUUUUCUUCGGAAUGUAUUCUUGGACAAGGAUUUGAUGGUUCAGUUGGAUAA